CAAUAUUCAGGAAGUGCAUCUAGCUAGAUCUUCUAGUCCAUCUAUUAUAAUAACCAAAUUUUAUCUAGAGCCAACCCCUUAGUGGUCUAGAUCUAUACACAUGCACACAAAAUCUAGCACAAAAUGGACAGAGGUCAACUUCAGCCAUUACUAUUGCCUGAUUUAAAGGAGACUGGUAAAGAGUUAGGUCGUGGAGCUUAUGGUGUUGUUACUGAAGUAAUAGUUAGUGGAACAACCUGUGCUGCUAAGAAGCUUCACCCUGCUAUUAUACAGGGGUACACGUUGAAAAGAUUUUGUGAUGAGGUGCUUCUUCACAGUCAACAGAGGCAUCCUAACAUUGUACUGUUGAUUGGUGUCUAUUAUCCUCGCCGUUCAAAAUUACCAAUGUUAGUAAUGGAGUAUCUUCCUUUAUCACUCACACAAUGUCUGGAGAGAGAAGAGCUACCACUUCAAAUGAAGUAUUCUAUUCUUCUUGAUGUUGCUAAGGGUUUGUGUUAUCUUCAUGGUAAACGUCCUCCUAUUGUACAUCGUGACCUCACUGCUAAUAACGUGUUACUGACCUCUUCAUACUCAGCUAAGAUAUCAGAUCUAGGAGUAUCAAGAUUAGCUGAUACCUUUAAAAUGCAUGAGCUCACUACAGCACCUGGUAAUGCUAUGGUAAUGCCACCAGAAGCUCUUAAAGAUAAUCCGGUAUAUGAUCACAAGUUAGAUGUAUUCUCUUAUGGUUGUCUCAUUCUUCAUGUACUUACUGGUCAAUUCCCUCAACCAACCAACCAGUUUGUACAAGAACCUGGUAAAGAACCCUUCAAAAGAGUACCAGAAUGGGAUAGAAGAUCAAGCUACAUUAAAAAUAUACCAAAAGUGAAUGAGCUCCUUCCUUUAGCUAAACAUUGUCUUAGUGAUGCUCCUAGUAGUAGACCAGAAAUAGUUGAUUCAUAUCAUUUUGUGGAGCAAGUUCUUUCAAAAUGUCCAAAAAUGCAAAAUGUAAUGCAAUUGAUGAAAGAGAAAGAAGCAGCAAAAAAACAUGUUUGUGAAUUAAAUGCAGAAAAUGAAACAUUGAGAGCUGAGAAAGUAGAAAUUGAGAAGCAACUGAGAGCAGAUCGUGAACGGCUGACAGCAAAAGUGGCAAGCUUACAGAAUACUCUUUCUUUAAAAGAAAAUGAAUUCAAUUAUUGCACUCAAGUACUAAGAGAAAUCAUUAGAAGCAGAGAUGAACAGCUAGUUAAGCUACAAGAAGACAAUGUGGAACUACUGAAGAAGAGAGAAGCUGAUUUAAAAGAAGAGCAUUUGACAGAGCUUGCUGCAAUGAAAGAGGAGUAUGAAGCAAAGCUUUUGGCUGCAACAAUAGAACACAAGCAGCAACUUUGUGAAUCUCACAGAGAAAGUGAGGUGAGAGUAUCGGAAGUAUUAAAGGAGCCUGUGAAGUCAAGUCAAGCACUCAAAGAUACAGCAGCACAGCAGCAAUCCACCCCAUUGGCAAUAGAUGGGUAAGGCUAGAAGUGAGGCUAUUAUAGUAUGUAUGCCAGGUUAAAUUGCUUUGCUUGCUACAGGUGCAUAGAUCAAGCGCAACCAUAAGAAUGAUGCUUUGUUAUGCUUGCCCCAUAAAUGUAUUUCAAAUUGUUAUUUAUAAUUCUAGAAAAGAAGGACUUGUUGCUAGUAAUAAUGUUAAGAAGGUUGGCUUAGAAAG